UGGGCUGCGCCAGUAGUAGCAGCCAGGGAGGAGUAUAUAAAGCCAAUGUAUCCUACCCCUGACACACACACUCACAUAUUCACUCAACACUCAUUCACCUUCCCCCCAACAACCUUGCCAUGGCCGCCUCUACCAUGUCUGUCUGCUCUGAUGCCUGCACCAACUCCUCCUGGCAGGUGGAUGACUGCCCAGAGAACUGCUGUGAGCCUACCUGCUGUGCUCCCAGCUGCUGCCAGUCCAGCUGCUGCCAGCCCAGCUGCUGUGUGCCCAGCUGCUGCCAGCCCAGCUGCUGCCAGUCCAGCUGCUGUGUGCCCAGUUGCUGCCAGUCCAGCUGCUGUGCCCCAUCCUCCUGCCUGACCCUCAUCUGCACCCCAGUGAGCUGUGUGUCCAGCCCCUGCUGCCAAUCUGUCUGCUGCUCACCCUCAUGCUGCCAACAGUCUAGCUGCCAGCCAGCUUGCUGCACCUGCUCUCCCUGUUGUGUGACCCUUUGCUGCAAGCCUGUCUGCUGCACACCCAUCUGCUCUGGAUCCUCCUCAUGCUGCCAGCAGUCUAGCUGCCAGCCCUCAUGCUGUCAAUCUUCCUGCUGUGUGCCUGUCUGCUGCAAGCCUGUCUGCUGCAAGCCCUGCUCCAGCGUGUCCCUGCUCUGCCGCCCUGUGUGCAGACCUGCCUGCUGUGUGCCUACCUCCUCCUGCUGUGCCUCCUCCUGCCAGCCCAGCUGCUGCAAGCCCUGCUCCAGCAUUUCCCUGCUCUGCCGCCCUGCCUGCUCCCGCCCUGCCUGCUGUGGCCUCUCCUCGGGCCAGAAGUCCAGCUGCUGAUGGGCCUGUUCCUGGUGCCAGCUGGCUCAGGUCCCUCCCUGUGGCCCCUCUCAGCUCUCUCAGUCUGAUUCUGAUCUGGAAUAGACAGUCCUCCAGGAUGGAUCCCCAAUCUGGUAUUUUUGCGACUUGAUCUCUUCUCCUCCUUCCCAGGAGGCCUGCUGAUCCUCUGGGUCACUGUCCUUCCCCCUGUCCCUCUGCUCUGGGUACCUGCCCCUGACAUCAGCUUGUCAGAGAUCAUGACUUCAAUAAACUUUUAAC